CCCGGGCGAAACUAAACUAAACUAACAGAAGCGUUUGCUAAACUCAACCUCCCACUGCACACCAGGUGGCCUUUGUGACCUCGAGAUUCGUCACUCGCACAGACUUCCAAGCUUUUCCUCUGGUGCAGUUACACCAUUACAAGGCAAUCCGCCUUACCAAAACCUCUUCCUUCCGUCUCCUCCUCCGUCAAUUGAAUUCCCACCACAUCCGAACAAACCCGCCUGAACCUACUCCCCCCAACAACCUCAAUCCUCAUUCCAAAAUGUCCACCGCAGCAACACCAGGCGAACAAGCCUACGAUGCCCUCGCCGACUUCUUCAGCCAACUCUACGCCUUCUUCGAAACGGGCAUCACGCGCUUCAUCACGAACUUCCACGCCUCCUUCGCCAACGUCUCGACCGGCCGCUGGACGAAAGUCAUCUUGUCGGUGGUCGGCUACCUGAUCGUGCGGCCCUACAUCGAAGCCUGGUUCAAGAAGAUGCACGAGAAGGACCGCAAGAAGCACAUGGAGAAGAAGCGCGCCCAGGAGGCGGCCGCCGGUGCCGCCGCGGCUGGGGGUUCCUCGAAGGAGAAAAAGAAGGCGCGGAUGUCGGCGAAUGCGCUGCGGGGCGGUGGUGGGGGAAGGGUGCUUGGGGAGGUGGAGAAUACGGAUGAUGAGAUUGAGGAUGCAGAGGAGAAUCUGAAUGAGAAUGGGGGGAACGCGGCGAGUGCGGCGACCACUACGACUAUCACGCAAGAGGAUUUUGCGACGGCGAGUGGGGUGCCCGAGUGGGGGAAGAAUGCGCGCAAGAGGCAGAAGAAGUUUCAGAAGAGUUUGGAGAAGGAGGCGGAGAAGCAGACGCAGAAGUUGUCCGAGGAGCAAAUCAUGGAGUUGUUGGAUUGGAGUGAGGAUGAGGCGGAGGGGAGAAAGAUGGAGUGAGGCUUUGGGUGUGGUCAUGGGGGUUCAUAAUCGAGGGGUUCAUCGUGCUGGGAGUCGAGUCGGUCCAGGGGGCUUGAAGGCUGAUCUUGUGGGAUUUUUUUUGGAUAUCCAUCAGCGGAGUACGUGUAUAUAUGCCUCGUUUGUUGGGACUACUACUAUUUUAAUCACUC